UAUAUAUUAUUCUCUAUACUGUGUGUGUUUUUAUGUUUAAUAGUAUUGUGUUCAAACAUAUUAUUGUUGUGUUUUAUUUUCUACUAAAAUACUAACUUCCACCAAGAUAUACAGGCGUAUAUCGCUAUAAUGGGUUUCGCCAAAACAAAGAUACAUUGUGAACGAAAAAAGACUGUCGAUACGGAUACAGAUUAAUGCACACAGUAGCCAGUAGGUCGCAAAUAGCCUCAUAAAUGACGUCACUAAUAUUGGAUUUUAUUGAAUUUUUCACCUUGUACAAUACUGUUUUGUUGGUAUACCUAUGUCUGAGAAUAUUCGUAGCCUGUAAAAUAGUUGUUUACAAAAUACAAAUAAGUACCAUUAUGCCCCGGCCCCACCGUGCUGGCUUAAUAUUAUUGCACAUAGUUAUUUUAACUUCAGUGCCACUAAUAGUCUUUUACUACACGUACUUCAUUGAAUUCAAAUCGUCUAAAAAUCUAUAAUAUUAUGCACUUGAAGAGUGCUGUUAUUCUCUGCGUGGUGUAUUUCUGUACAUCUGUAUGGGAACCUACGCUGAUGCCCGUCGAAGUAGAGUUGUACCUCGAAAAGUUCGUCACACUCUUAAAAGAUAAUCAAAAUAAUGGAUUUCUUCAUCAUAAACAACUAUUAGGUUUAUUUAAAGAAUUAAACAUAAAAAAUGAAGAAUUGGAAAAGGCCGAAAACUUAAUUCCUAAGGAUGAAGAAGGUCACGCUAUAGCUAACCAAGCGGAAUUCUUGUUGAUCAUGUUAGACGUUUUACCUGAAGGCAAUGGUCUUAGCCAAAAACAAUUAGAAAAGUUCGUUGAAUUGUAUAAUAAAACUACUACCAGAUCCAUCGAUCCUAAGAUAAUUCAAAAAAUCUUCAAAGAGUUUGAAAUGACUAGAACGCCCCAUAAAGAGUUAUUUCGAUCUAACCGACCCGCUGCUAAAGAGUUGAUGGAGUUAUUGAUCGUUACGGCAGAACGUUCUAAGACAGCUCACAGAAAUGAGAUUGUGUUAAGUACACCAAAGGUCAGAACAUUGGUAUCUAAUUUCAAAAAAAAUGACUACAACAACAACGGUAUACUCUCUGGUGAAGAAGCGAUAGAGUUUGUGAAAGAUUUUCUCACUAAAGAUCCUGAAUAUUCGACGACGAUUAAUUUUUAUGAUAUAAAAAUAAACGUUGCCCAUUACGUAUUAUUCCACCUAAUAAAAUUGCGCCAAGUUCGAGACCAUUUCUGCUUGUUAGAAAAUUUAUUAAGGAAAUAUGAAUUAAUUUAAAUACAAAAUCAUGCGCCUAAUGUUUGGUUGGCAGCAAUUUUCCACACCUCAAGCUAAUUUAUAUUUAUUAUUUCGUAUAAUUAAUUUAUUUUAAUAUUUUAAAUGUUAC